UUUUCUCUAAAUCCCUCUUCUGUUUGCUAAAUCUCACUGUCACUGCUAAAAUCAGAGCAGAUAGAGCCUGCGCAAUGGAAUAAAGUCCUCAAUAUUGAAAUGUGACAUUGCUCUCAACAUCUCACAUCUCUCUGGAUUUCUUUUUUCUCAUCAUUACUGCUAACAAAUUCAUUUCCAGACUUUGCACUUUCAAGAAGCAAUGGAAAAAAUCAACAGUCUUUCAACACAAUUAGUUAAGUGCUGCUUGUGUGAUUUCUUGAAGCUUUCUGAGGCAGUGUGCUAAACAGCUUUCUGCUUUACCUCCUCAGAACUGGGAACCAUCUUAAACUGCAGGUGAAGAUGCACACUGUGUCCUACAUCCAUUUCUUCUACCUUGGCCUGUGUUUGCUUACCUUAACCAGUUCUGUUGCUGCUGGCCCAGAAACACUCUGUGGUGCUGAGCUGGUUGAUGCUCUUCAGUUCGUGUGCGGAGACAGAGGAUUUUACUUCAGUAAGCCCACAGGGUAUGGAUCCAGCAGUAGACGUUUACACCACAAGGGAAUAGUGGAUGAAUGCUGCUUCCAGAGUUGUGACCUGAGAAGGCUGGAGAUGUAUUGUGCUCCAAUAAAGCCGCCUAAAUCCGCACGGUCCGUACGUGCCCAGCGCCACACCGACAUGCCAAAAGCACAAAAGGAAGUGCAUUUGAAGAACACAAGUAGAGGGAACACAGGAAACAGAAACUACAGAAUGUAAGAACAUGCCAUCCACAAGAAUGAAGAAUGAAUGUGCCAUCUGCAGGAUACUUUGCUGUAAAUAAAUUAUUUGUUAAACAUUGGAAGACUUAAAAAAAACCCCUUUGUUUUAAAAAGCUUGAUGCAAUUUCAACCAAUGGGCAUUCUCCCAGUGAACAAUGCAACUAAACAUUCCAAUAUUAAGUCUUUAGAGAACGGAAUAUUUUAACCAGCCCAGAGCUAAAAAAUUCUGUGGUUGAUAUAUUGCUGUUUGUUAACCUGUUUUAAAUGUCCUGCACGAAAACUCUUAAAGUCCUGUGCCCCUCAAAAGCCUACAAAUUUAUGGGCCUUUGAUGGAUCCAAUUGCACUAAAUUAACCUAUGAA